AUGUCUGUAUCAUUAAGUUCAACUUUGGUGCUCGGCGUGGCUUUAGUAGUCGCGUCUCAAAUGUUAUCUGAAACGCGUACAGCCCAGAUAGGGUGCAUAACCAACACUAGGGAAUCGGUAAUAUGUGAGUAAGAUUCCAUUCGUUGGUGUAUUCUUGUAAUUGUUAAAUUUUAAAUUCUAAAGCUCAUUCUCUCGAAGUAGACGCUUAUCGACAAAGUGGUAGCGAGACAGGGUUGAUUUUUAAUGAUUUUUUCUCUGUGCAGAAAACGAGACGGAUACUCGUUCCCUGGGCGUAUCUAAAUCUCACAAAAUUGUUACUGAACAGGUAUCACUUCCUUUUCUCUAAAAUCCCAAGUUGAACCAUGAGUUGAGCUGAUCAAUUUUUCCUUUCGAUGUCUUUGCUUUAAUUACUUGUUUUCCUUUCCUUCUUCUCUUUUUCCUCGUGGUGGAAGGUUGAAUGCAUGUACAUCUUAGUGAAACAUUUCUUUUGUGUUAUAUAAAUUAUUUUCUCUUAUUCAGCUAAGAACUGUGCUGAGCUUUACAAAUGCGGCCAAACCAUCAGUGGUGUUUAUACAAUCGACCCUGAUGGUUCAGGUGCAAUGUGGGAGGAUGGACAGUUUGGCAUACAACAAGAAUUUGGUAAAAAGAGCUUCUAUUACCCAAAGACUUUCAACAACCUGCCUGAUGGUUUAGAUUCGAGACUGAAAUUUAAGAACAAAUUGCGAGAUUAUUUUAGUUAAAUUCUAUCUAAACGUGGUUAUAGGUCUUUUUCAGAGUAUUUUUAAAUUUUUAAUUUUUUCAUUUUAUUGUAUGUUUUCUAGGAUGGACAUAUCUUGUUAAAUUUUAUUUUAUUUAUUUAUUUAAACAGGACCCCAAGGACAACAGUGGAUGGCACUGUCCUGUAUAAAAAUUCAACCGCACCUGGGAAGACUACAAAAAGGGAUUUGGUGGCUUCCUCAUUCGGGAAUUUUGGCUGGGACUGA